GGUAUAUCUGAGGGUCAGUCGGUAUAUUUUAUCGAUACGCGGUCUCACUGAUUGGUUGUUUCUUUUCCAAGAUGUCCUUUAAGCCAAUUGACCCAAAACGUGAUGAGAUCCGUCGCUAUCUGGAGCGCGGCAGCGUUCUGGACUCGCUCACCAAAGUCUUUAUACGCGUCAUAAAAGAGCGGCCUGAAAAUCCAAUGGAGUACAUACGCAACAACAUUGGUGCUGUCCGCCAUCAGCAUGACAAGUACGAGCGCCUUCAGCAGCAAUUGCAGUCUGCCAACGAGGAAAUACAACGCUUGCGCGGCAUUAUUAACAACAUUGACCCGGAGGCUCUGGCGGGCCAGGCGUCCCUCAAUUCGAGCGAGCUCCUCUCUGACGACUCUGAGCUCCAAAAUGCGGCCAAAAUUGAGGCUCCUGUUGAGAACGUGGAAGCAGCCCAUGGUGGCCAGCCGGUUUUGGCAGAGGUAAACGCUGUAGCUGAAGAAGCUGAAGCUGCAGCUGUGAGCAACAGCGUUGAGCAGCUGGCUGCCGCUGUGGAAGUUUGUCAGAUCGAGGAAAAAAUUGUAGCUGCUGUCGCAGAAGCUGCAAAUGAUAGUUCAACACAAAGCCCAUCCGUCCAGGCUGAAGCCAGUAGCUCCACCGACAAUACCGAGUAAAUCGACUCUGACUCUCAUUAAACUAAAACACAUUCCAUGUGAAAUCAUCCAUUUAGAAUGUUUAAGUAUUUUCUUAAAUGUAAAUAAACUACAACAUUAACA